ACCCAAACCUGCUCCUCCUCUCUUUCCCAGCGUCGCCUCCACAUACUCCAGUCAACCAAUUCGCUCCCGGCCACCACGGCAAUGGCCAUGGAUUUGGACGAGCCGCUUGCCGCGGAGAAGGGCGAGGUGGCGCUGCAGCAGCUGCGGCGCGCCGACCCGUCCGUCUACCUCUCCCCGUCCGCGGACCUCGCCGCCGCCGCCCGGGCGGCUCUGAAGCACUUCCACUCGUCGCUCGCCGUUGUCUCCCCCGUGCAGCCGCCGCCCCUCCCCAACCUCCUCGCCGGCCCCAACUUCGACGCCGAGCAGAUUUGGUCCCAGAGCGAGCUGCUCUCCCGCCCCCUCCUCCCCCACCUCCACCGCCAGCUCCGCCGCCUCGAGCACCAACCGCCUGCGCAGCCGUUGGCUACUCCUCCGCCGUCCAAGCCCUCUGAAGCCGUGGAGGGCCCGUCAGACGAGGAGGAGGAUGGAGAGGGUGACGAAUCGGAGGAGGAGGAUGAGGGUGGCCUGGAGGACACGGAUGACGAGUUGGAAUCGGAGGAGGGGGAGGAUGAAGAAACGGAGGAGCUAGGGGCGAAGAAAGGGAACGGGGUGGAGGACAGGUUCCUGAAGAUGAAGGACCUGGAAAAGUUUAUGGAGGAGGGGGAGGAGCAGGAGUACGGUGGGGGUUCCAAGGGAGGAGAGAAGAAGAAGGCAAGUGUGAACUUGAUGGAGGACGAUAGUGAUGAGGAGGAUGUGGAUGAAGAUGAUGGGGGUGAUGAUGAAGAUGACGAUUUGGAUUUGGAAGAUUUUGAGUCUGAUGAUGAAGAGGGUGUGGGGAAAUCUGGCGGAGAUAUAAGGUAUGAGGAUUUUUUUGAGGAAAGCAGUAAGCAACAAGUCAAGAAGAGAAAUGGUUUCACAAAGAAAGUCCACUUCAAGGAUGAAUUGCAUGAAAUGGAAGUGGAUGACAUUGAGAAGGAUGAUGUAAAUGAUGGUCCAGCAUUAGAGGAUGAACAAGGUCUUUCAACUCAUGAAAAGGGGCUCUUGAAGAUGCGUAACCAAAUAGACCUAAUGGAGAAAGCUAGUCUUGAACCCAGUAAAUGGAUCAUGCAGGGAGAGGUUGAUGCUUCCAGGAGGCCCAAAAAUAGUGCCCUGGAAGUGGAUCUUGAUUUUGAGCAUAAUGUAAGACCUGCCCCAGUAAUCACGGAGGAAGUCACAGCUUCUCUCGAAGAGAUGAUAAAGAAAAGAAUUGCGGAGGGUCAUUUUGAUGAUGUUGAAAAGCCUUCAACCUUGCCGUAUAAAGUUCCAAAGCAGCAAAAGGAGAUGGAUGAAAACAAGAGCAAAAAGGGUCUUGCUGAACAGUAUGAGGAUGAGUUUAAGGAAAAAACUGGCAUUGCACCUGCCACACUUGCUAUUUCAGAUGAACUGAAGAAUGAGGCAAAUGAUUUAUUUAAGAGGAUAUGCUUGAAGUUGGAUGCGCUCUCUCAUUUCCACUUUGCCCCAAAGCCGGUCAUUGAGGAUAUGUCCAUACAAGUUAAUAUACCUGCUCUAGCAAUGGAAGAGGUUGCACCUGUAGCUGUUUCAGAUGCCGCAAUGCUCGCUCCCGAAGAAGUUUUUGAAGGGAAAGGGGAUAUUAAAGAAGACGUGGAGCUUACACAAGCUGAGCGCAAAAGAAGAAGAGCCAACAAGAAGAGGAGAUAUGCAGAAUCGCACAAGGAGAGGCCAGCCAAGCUGCGGAAAGAGAACUCAUCAAAUAUAUAGGAAGCUGCUGCUUACAUGCUAUAUGUAUUGCAAACCUUUGGAGUUGGUUGGAGGGAGGACCGCCACCAACAGUGUAAUGCCUUUCGUGAUCUGAUGCCUGGCCUGCAAUUUCAAGGCUCUGAUGUAGCCAGUUUUCGAGCUUUCAUGCAGUGUAAAAGCAUUUCCUUUUAGAAUUUCUCACAGGGAGUGAGUGUCUUCUCGAGUAGAAUAGAAUUGAACUCUUGCGAGUAUAAGAGUGUCAUGUACUUCCUCCGUUCCGAAA